AUGAGGAAAGAGAGGCCGAUUACUUUUAACAUCUCAACUUCAUUCCGGAUCAAAUCGCACAUUGGAGAAGGUGCCUAUGGAGUCGUCUGUCUUGCAGAGCACACACCAACAGGGAGGAAGGUUGCUAUCAAAAAAGUCCAACCGUUUUCAAGACCCCUGUUCUGCGUGAGAACUCUCAGAGAGAUCAAGCUGUUGAAGCAUUUCCAGCAUGAAAACAUCAUAUCGAUAUUUGACAUUCAAAAGCCAUCCUCAUUUGACCAGUUCAACGAGGUGUACAUCAUACAGGAGCUGAUGCAAACAGACCUACACAAGGCCAUAGUCUCGCAAAACCUAAGUGAUGAUCAUGUCCAAUAUUUCAUCUACCAGACGCUUCGUGGGCUGAAGGCAUUACACUCUGCAAAUGUCAUCCACAGGGACCUGAAGCCCUCGAAUUUGCUGGUCAACGCCAACUGCGACUUGAAGAUCUGUGACUUUGGGCUCGCAAGGAUAGACGACAGGAAGGAAGGGCAGACCACCUCCUCGCCAGAGGCAAAGAUCAGCAUGCUCACUGAGUACGUUGCAACAAGAUGGUACAGAGCACCGGAGAUUAUGCUCAGCGCAUCGAAAUACACCACGGCCAUCGACAUAUGGUCAGUCGGGUGUAUCCUCGCAGAGCUGCUCAAUCGCAGGCCCCUAUUCCCAGGAAAGGACUACAGACAUCAAUUGAUGCUCAUAUUCCAGGUCCUGGGCUCGCCCAUAGGGGACGACUACAAGAGCAUAAGGUCCAGACGCGCCAGAGAGUACAUCAGAUCGCUAACGUUCUACAAGAAGCAACCGUUCUCGCAGCUCUUCCCAUCAGCAAACCCGAAGGCCAUAGACCUCCUCGACAAGAUGCUCACCUUCGAUCCGGAUAAAAGAAUCACGGUCUACGAGGCUCUGGAGCACCCCUACCUGAGCGCAUACCACGACCCAGCAGACGAGCCCGUGGGCAAGCCAAUUCCCCCAGAGUUCUUCGCGUUCGACAAGGUCAAAGAGGAGCUGACCAUCCCAGAACUCAAGACCAUCCUCUACAACGAGAUCAUGUCCUCUUGA